AUGGAUGACACCCUCUUCUCUACGGAUCUGCCAGGAGACUGGACUGAGAUGCUGGCACAAUUUGAUGGGAGUGGGACGGGCUCAACAACACAGUUUGAGUCGAUGACAUCCAGAAAAGGUUUUGAAUCAAAUAAUUCUUUCGUGACUCAGUCAGGGCAAGCGAGCGAGCAAUUUUCUUAUCAGACUACCACGUCGCAAUUUCAUGAAUCUGAUCGAAUCCACGGGGUGCAAUGUCUCGACGCUGGUAACGACGAGCCAGAUCUUCCUACACUCUCGUCCAAUCAUCAGGAUUUGUUCAGUCUCCCAAUUACAUUGUCUACCAGAGACCAAGAACAGCCAGAUACUUCGACACAGCCCAGUUUGGCUGAAGCGCAUUCUCCCUUCAGUGAGCCACACGCCACGUUUGGAAAAAGUGUUGAGGUCAAACAACUGCGACAAAAAUAUCAUGAAAAAUACAAGGAGCGCAACCGGUUGGCUGCCGGGAAGUCGCGACAGAAACAAGUCGAUUUAAUCGCUCUACUAGAAGCCAAGAGACUAGAUGAAGAGCGGCGAAGACGGGAAUUAGAGGACGAGAUCCGGAAAAUUCAGAAGGAUCUUCUCGCGAUCAAAGAAGAGCUUCAUAAUCACAUUCGCGUAUCGAAUUAUAUCAACAUGAUGUCGCAGGGUACUCGCCUUCAAACGUUGGGACUCCUAGCACAGGGUAUUCUUCGAUAG